GUCAGAAACAAGGAGUGGAAGGGUUACGAGGAGCCGGAUGACAGGCAGGGGAGGGGACGGCUGCAGCAGAUCCUCUCAGAUCCUCUCAGAUCCGGAGCCACACACACCUGUCCACCUGGAUCCUCUCUUAAAAUUCUCUUCUUUCGAAGCAAAGCGAUCACAUCAACUCUUUUGAUCUGGUCUUUGGAGGGACGGCACCGCUGCAGAGAAGCUUGACUUUGCCAGAGGGAUGAAUGGAACGAUGUCUUCGGGGAGGCUGAAGGCUGGGAUGCUUUGGCCUCGGAGCAGCUCGUUCCACAGCUUCAGUCAUCAGUGAGACUUUUGACAGGACUUCUUCACAGAGACGAAUCCGAGGACCGCAGCCAUGUCCAACUCCCAGGAGCAGAGUCUGGACGAGAACGUGGUCUUCCUGCCGGUGACCGAGGCCUCGGCAGAGUUCCUGCACUGCGAGCAGGAGCGGGAGGCGGUGGAGCGGCUGCUGGUGGAAGGGCCCGAGGCCUUCUACAGCUCCACCGAGCGCUCCGGCUGCUUCCUGUCCCCCGAGGAGGUGAGCCAGAUCACCGGCUGGGCUCAGACCUACCGCUUCACCCCCCCGCAGACGCAGCAGCUGAACGGGGCGGACGGCCCCUACGACGACGACGACUUCUGCUCCACCUACUUCCCCUGCGAGACGGACAUGCCGACCCCCAACCUGGAGCUGGGCUGGCCGGAGCGAGACCCCUGGCUGCUGCAGGGGAACAUCACCGUGCACACCAGCCCCCCCGCCGAGGGCGAGCCCGCCGUCAGGGAGAUCAUCAGACGUCACCUACAGAGAGCCAGCCAAGUGAUUGCCAUUGUGACGGACCGGCUGACAGACAGUGCAGUAAUCGGUGAUUUGCACCACGUUGCUUCGCGAGGCGUCCCCAUCUACAUCAUCCUGAAUCGACGGUCCAUUCAGGAGAAUUUCACGCUCAACAGGCUCAGGCACCCGAACAUGCGGGUCCGAGUCCUCGGUGGGAAGAGCUUCUGCACCAGAACGGGCCGGAUGGUGGUCGGGGAAAUGAAGAACAAGUUUAUUCUGGUGGAUUUAGAGGUGGUGAUUCAUGGCAGCUACAGCCUCACCUGGACGGACGCUCACCUGCACCGGCAGCUCAUCACCGUCCUCACCGGCCCGGCCGUCGAGGCGUUUGAUCGGGAGUUCAGGAUCCUGUACGCCGCCUCCACCCCGGGGCCCGAGAAGUGGAGCAUGGCAGGGAGCCACGCCAGUGUGUCUCUUCAACUGAAAGACUUCUCAGAUCCCGGCUUCAACAAGACGCUCUCCACCGAGCCUGAAGUCCUGAACCCUCCGUCCCCGCCGUCGGACUGCUUCCUGGACUGGGAGGCCAUGGGGGUCGUCCAGAGGGACAGCAGCGGCUUCUCAGAAAGCCCUCUAUAUCAACACCAGGACAUUUCGGUCCAGGAGGUGCAGCUGCAGCACCUAAACACUCCGGUUCUGGACGGAUUUACCAGCAGACAGGAGCAGUUUGUGGACAGGAACAGGAUUUAUGAAAACACUUCCCCACUGACCAGUCCUGUGCCAGAAAGAUUUACAGGUUCCAAACUCACGGAUCUCUCACCAACAGAGGCAGCAAUUCCUGAAAGAAUGCAAAGGAUAGAGAACAGAAUAAAGAUGGCUGUUAUCAGUCAACUCUCCGAUGAGAAAAACAAUCAUUUACCUGAAGAAAAUCCAACAAGACUGGACACCAAAGCAAAAGAGCCUCCACACAUGUUUUUAUCUGCUCUGAGGAGGGAGCGCUCCAGGAAGGGCUACGUCCUGGAAGAGGAGAGCAACACGGACGAAAGCGGCCUCAGCUUGGAAAACUCUCCAUCCUCUCGGAAACCUGUGAUCCUGAGGACGCCGCAGUCGGAGAGCUUCAGCUCGCUGAGCGACAUCAUGAAGAGGAUCCAGCAGAGGACUUCAGGCUUUUUAAAGAAAGGACCCAACUCAGAGCGAACGCAGUCCAUGCUGGAUCUGAGCAGAUACAACCCAGACGCCAGCGACGAGGAGAGAGGACUCCCCGUGCCCCGGUACAAGGGCGGUUUUGAGCCGGAUCCGAUGACUCCUGCUUUGGCGCUGAUGAAGAAGAGGAACGACAAUGUGAAAUCUGCUCUGCUCGGACUUUCAAAGAACUUCCCAGUCAGGGAGCGGCCUCGCAGCUCCAGCUACGCUCUCAACAUGGACUGGAGGAGGUCACUGACUGAGAGGGAAGCAGAGCAGGAAUGAGGAGCGUCUGAAGAGGAAAAGGUCGUAACAAGCUGUGCACACCUCUGCUAAUAUGAAGGACAACCAUGUCUGUUGAUUGGAUGUUUCUCACUUAAAGCAUUCUGUAAAUAAUAAAACAUUUGUUGUGAAUGA